AUGUCAUUCAAAUCUUCUGUUCAGAUUGCUCUCCUUGCCUUGUUUGGCACAGGGUUUGCCCAAACCGUGGAUGGGUCCAAGUAUAACAACCCAACCGCCGGACCGCCAGCCAGCUAUUUCGCGGCUGCCACUACAGUUCCUGUUGCCGCUUUGCAAAGUGCAGCUGCAAAGGCUAGCACUGCUGCACAGGAUGCAACUUAUCCAAUUAAUGGAGAUAGUGGAGCUAAGAAAGUCACUAUCCAUGGUGACUGGUCGAACUUCAGCGAGGGCGCAGCGUUUGUCUGGGUGGCAGACAUGGAUGUGGACUGUGAUGGGCUUGACUAUAAGUGCAAGGGAAACCCAGAUGGACAGGCACAGACCAACUUCGGUGCUCUAGCUGCCUAUGAAGUUCCAUUCAUUGUGAUUCCUGACAAGUUUGGAACAAAGUAUGCUAAUGUGCUUCCCGGAAACAAUAUCGGAGCGGUUAUUUGCAAUGGAAAGAUGUUCUAUGGCAUCUACGGUGACACAGAUGGUGAUACACCGCAAGUUAUUGGAGAGGCCUCGUGGUUGAUGGCCCGCACUUGCUUCCCAAAUGACGACUUGAAUGGAAACAGCGGCCACGGCUCCGCAGAUGUGACCUACAUCCUCUUCACUGGCAAAGAUGCCGUGCUCCCUAGCAGCGCUCUCAACAAGAACUAUAUCACCAACUUUACCACACUCCGGUCUAUGGGUGACAAGCUAAUGAGCGCCCUGGCGAAGAGCCUCAAUUUGAGCGGAGGAACGACGCCGCCUACUACUACUCCUCCUAGUGGCUCCUGCUCUUGGGCUGGACAUUGUGCCGGUGCUUCCUGCUCUAGCGAAAAUGACUGUUCUGACGAUCUAGUCUGCACGAGUGGAAAAUGCGCUUAA